UUCAAAAGUCUGAAGAUUAAAUAUUUUAAAACGACAAAAAUCAAGUGAAGUCAAGGUUAUCCAAGAUGGCGGCCCUUAUCCGGAAGGCCGGUGAAAUACAACAGAAAACGUUGCAAUUCACUAAACAGAAGGCAAUCCAUGCAGCAAAUUUUUCCACAAUAUUACCCACUUCAAAGAUGGUAGUUUCAAGGGUUGGGCCGCCUAUUGUCAAGUCUUCAAAAUAUGUAGCAAAGAAGAUGGGACCACCAUUGAAAAAGACGUCAAGAUAUCUUGUUUCUGCUGCAAGACCAUAUGCUGAGAGAGCAAGCAAUGCUGUGGUAAUGAAGGCCACUCCACAUAUAGAGAAAGCACAAGCAAGUUUGUCAACUCUUGUACAGAGUAAAGAUAGAGAGUCAUUGUUACCAGAAGAGGAAGAUAACUACAGGGAAAGGUUUAUUCAAGUAACUCGUAAGUCAAUAAUCCGCCAUCUUAUGCAGAAGAAAGAUUUCCUCACACAAGAAGAGCUAAAAGUGUAUGAAGAUUUCGCAUUGGCCUUAGAUACAGCUAUUGUUAAUAAAUACCAUGGAGUUCUUCAAGAGCUAAAGAAUCUUUUUGACCCACUGAACCCAGACAAGGACACAAUAGAAACUAGGAAAUGGAAUCCAAGAGAGCGUCAGGAAAAUGAGUUCUGGUUGCUACAAAGAUUGGAUGAUUUAAUGCAGAAAGCAAACUUCCAUGAACUGCCAGACGAGAUUGUUAAUAAAGCAUUAGAGGAGCAUGUGGUGUCAGAUGGUGUUAGAGUUUCAGUGGACAGAAACAAGUAUGAUGUGAUGAAAUUCUGGGCGUUAGGACGAGAGAAGAUUCCAGUGAGCGUACCUUGGUAUAAAGCUUUGUUUAUCAAGAAGGAGGACAUGCCUAAACCAAAACUGUAUUAUAAACGUGUUGUGAUUGCUCUGCGAUUCAAACGAGACCAAAAACUUAUGUUAAAGUCUUUCAAGGAAAUUCCUGUGAAUGCACUGGAAAUGAUGCUUCCAGAUGGAAAAAUAGAAAUAAGUAAAUUUGACAAAGGAAUUAUUGCAACAUCUAUGACUUUUGCCGUAACUGGUAUCGUUGCAAAGUUGGUUACAGUGUUGGCAGCGAUGAAUGUGGACUGGAUGUUGGUAAUGAGUGGUGUAACGGGGCUAAUGGCUGCACAAAGCUGGACAUUAUACAAAAACAAGAGAAAUAAAUAUCUUGUAGAUUUAUCAAGGCUGUUAUACUUUAAGAAUGUAGCGAAUAAUCGAGGCUUGCUGGCUCUUCUUGUAGACAGGGCUGAGGAUGAGUCAUUUAAAGAGGCGCUGUUAGUGUAUACCUUCCUCCUUGCAAACAGGCCAGAUACAAUGUACAGCAAGAGAAGUAUAGAGAUGUCACCCCAUGAAUUAGGUGGACUGACUGCCAUACAGCUGGAAGGAAGGAUAGAGAAGUGGGUGUAUGAAGUGACAGGCACCAAGAUAGAGUUCGAAUCACUGGAAGCUGUAAAUCUUCUUAGAAACUUUGGAAUUCUUAGUGAUAUUGACGAUAGGUUAUAUGUGCUCCCUUUACGGGCAGCUGUAAAUAAUUUACCACAGCAACCACAGUCUGUAGUUGCCAGGGCAACAGAGUCGGAUAUAUAUGAGGGAUAUGACAGAGACACGUUUAUAGAAACAGAAGAACAGUAUCAGGAAGAAGAGAAAGUACAAAAAAGAAUAGGGUGGUUUUGAAUACUAAGCUUAAGUAUAUUGAAUAAAUGUAAAAUAUAGAUGUGUGCCAUUGUACGAAUGAUGGUGAUUUGUAACUUUAAAUGGACAAUGAAAUACUGCCCUGUGAAACUGUGCAUAGUGUUUUUUUAAGGAGGAAAACACUUUUAUGUGAUUGCUUUUUCUUUUUUUUUAUAAAGAUUUUUGUAUAAGAAAGUUAUAAGGUUGUUUCUUUGAAAUUGAUGUGAUUAUUUGGUGUGAGUAAGCUGUCCAGCUAGCUUAUGGAAUGUCGGUGGUUCUACUCGGGUGCCUGAAAUAAUGUGCAGAAGGGCACCUGAGGUCUUCCUCUACCAGUAAAGCUGGAAAAGUCACAGUAUGACCUAUACUGUGUCAAUGUGACAUAAAACCCAAUCAAACAAAUAAAAUGCUACACAAUAAAUGGAGCAUCGGUAAGGAUUUGAUUUUAAUGAUAAUGAUAUAUGUUAGAGAUCAGAGGAAAUUCUUGCAUUUACGUUCAGUUGCCAUAAUAUUAUUCAUAUUGUCAAACAUUUUCCAAUGAUCUAUUUUCAGAACCAAGAAAUAUUGUAACAUUUGUGUUAUGUCACAAUAUUUUUUUUUUUUAAAUAUUUGGACAACCUAAGAGUAUCAUAAAUAGAGCAAUAUGUGUGUUUGGUUAUUUAUGUAUGGUUUUUGUUAGACUGAAGUGAAUCCUUGAUGAUUGUGAGACAUACAAUUUUUAUUUAUAUUCUUGUUUUGUUUUGUUUUUUAAUUGGUUCAAUACAAGCUCCGGUAAAAAUAAAUAAAAGAUGUAAAAACCUCUGGUAAAAUAUAUAUUUAGUCAAACAUCAAGGUCAUUAAGACCUUGAAUUUCAAAGCUCUAGGUCAUAAACAAGACCUUGAAUUUUACAGAUCAAGGUCAUUAAGACUUUGAAUUUAAUAUUUUUUUUCAACCUAAUUGAGUUUCUUAUGAUCCACAGCCUUCAAAUGUUUGUUUAUAGGUAUUUUUAUGGCUGCUUCGUAUUUAUUCUGAAAGAGCUUUGUUAAGUAUACAAAUACAACAGUACAAGUCUUUUUUAUUUUGCAUAAUUACCUACUUAGAUUUAUAAAUGUGAAGGACUAAUUGUACUAAACAGUUUUGUUGUAUGGCAUGUUGUAUUCUUCUACUGAAACAACUUGCUUAUCUUACCAACUUUAUUCGAUCAAAGGUAAGGUGAGACAAAAGUUGUGGUUAUAUAUUGCUCUAAGCUGGAUAUAUUGCAUUCUCCAGAAUAUUGGGUUGUUCUAAUAUCCCGACUUGGCAGUUUUACUUUAAAACUACUAGUAGCAUUGUUUUCAGAGCAGGAACUGUUUUCAUUUACACUUCAUAUAUCAAUUGCCUGUCAUGUACAUUUUUGAUUAAUUAAAAAUGCAUAAUUUGCAAGAAUUAUAAAUUUGUAAUAAUCUGCAGAAAUUUUAACUUGUCUUACUUGGCAAGAUUUUUCAAAAUUGAAGAAAAUAUUGCAAUUUAUGUACAUUCAGGAAUGUUUGUAUGUCUUAAUCUAGUUUCAAAGUGAUAUUUAUUUAUGUUCUUCUAUAAUGUUCUAUGCAUAUUAUUUUGUAUAUAAUCCUUUGUAAGCUGAUGUUAAAAUUCAAGGAUUUGCAGUUUUUUGUGAUGUAUGUUGAAUAUGAAAAAAUCAUGGUUUGAUUUUAUUUUGUGACCUGAACCAAAUUUGUUUCUUAAUUAUGAUGUUCUGAAAGUGCUGAAUCUGACUUGUUAUGAAUAUUAAUAAAAUUACAUGCAUUACUUAAAA